GGAACACUGGAAGUGUGAACGGCGAAGCUGUGGAUACGAGAACGAAUGGACCGACAGACUCGGGCGUAGGCCAACAGCAGAAACAAAGCCUGUGGCGCCAGGUCUAUUGUUGGUGGCGGUUAAUGAUGGAGUCCAGCAGCGAAACCAAGAGGAUGACCUCUUACCUCCCAAGCAAACCCUCAGCUGAGAACCAAAAACUGACCUCACCCAGAGAACCAGGCUGCAGCUGGCUGGUGGUGGUUGCAGCCAUAGCGGCCUCCCUGAGCGGCCUGAUGUUGGGCUACGAAAUGGGCCUGACCUCUGGGGUCCUGCUGCAGCUGCGGGGCCUCCUCUCUCUCUCCUGCAGGGAACAGGAACUGCUGGUCAGCUCCCACCUGCUCGGUGCACUCCUCGUCUGCCUGGCCGGAGGAACAUUUUUAGAUCGCUACGGCCGACGCUGCUCUUUGCUCCUGAGUGCUGUUCUAGUAGUUUUCGGCACCGUUGUGCUCAUCGCUGUGGCUUCUUUUGUUGCACUGACACUUGGCCGUGUAAUUGUGGGCAUGGGAACAUCUCUUUCAGGGACAGCAGCUUGUUUGUACAUUGCAGAGAUCUCACCGAGGGAGAGGAGGGGUCUGCUGGUGACGCUGUACGAGUUGAUGUUGGUUGUUGGUGUAAUGCUGGGAUUCGGUUGUAGUUACGCCUUUGCUACCGUACCUCAUGGCUGGGUCUAUACAUUUGGACUAGUAAUUCCUCCAGCACUCCUGCAAAUAGGUGCGCUCAUAUUCCUCCCACCCAGUCCACGCUUCCUCGUUGCUCAGGGCAAAGUGGAACGGGCGAAGAAGGUGCUGGUCAGAAUGAGAGGCGCAAGUAAGGAGCGUGUGGAAGUGGAGCUCAGGGAUAUCCAGGUUGGACUGAAAGAAGAAUCAGAGCAUAGCUUCUUGGAGCUUUUCAGUGCCAAAGCUAAUCUGCGUUCACGGCUCCUAAUAGGUGUGGCCUUAGUCUUCCUCCAGCAGGCUACUGGACAGCCCAACAUCCUUUCCUAUGCUUCACCACUUCUCCGCAGCGUUGGCUUCAACAGUGAUGCUGCAGCAACCCUGGCCUCCACAGGGUUCGGAGUCGUAAAAGUAGUCGGUACCAUCCCUGCCGUGUUGCUGGUCGACCGUUUGGGACCCAAGAGCUUUUUGUGUGUGGGUGCUGUCGCUAUGGGAUUGUCGCUGGCUGCCCUUGGUACAUUGACUCUACAAAGUCACACUCACCUCACAAGCCUGUGCAAUAGCCAAAGCCCUCUAAACAACACUUAUAUGCCAUGGGAUUUAAACGAAACCUUCACAGACUUUGAGAAUAGUGGCACUUUGUCUACCCACCUCGAAAACCAGUGGAACAGUGAACAGGUGCAGGGGCUCAAAACAGAGAAUGAUGCAGUGUGGGAAUCAGCAGGAGGAAGGACUCUUGUUGAAGUAUCUUCCUCACUGAAGUGGGCGUCAUUGAUCAGCCUGCUGGUGUAUGUGGCAGCCUUCUCAAUUAGUCUUGGACCAAUGGUGUACGUCGUUCUCAGUGAGAUCUUUCCGAUGGGAGUCAGAGGUAGAGCUGUAUCAGUGGUGUCAGCUGUAAACUGGGCCACAAAUCUGCUGAUCUCCAUGACCUUCCUCACCAUCACGGAAAACAUUGGUGUGCCCAAUGUUAUGUUCCUGUACUCCACCAUGAGCUUUGUUCUGCUGGUAUUCGUCAUCCUCUUUGUCCCUGACACCAAAGGUCGCACACUGGAGGAGAUAUCAAAAGAGCUGGCUAAGAAGAAGACUUUUAAGGUGAGACUUUCCAGGCCGGUUCAGCCUCAAGAGAGCCUGAUCAGGGACAGCAAACCUACAGAGUCCAGCAAACAUCUGACUACUUAACCACACCUCAACACAACACCUGACCUGCAAGUCAAGAGCAACGAUCAAGACAAUAUACAAUCAAAAAUAUCCAUAUAUCUCAUCUGCGUUGCUAUAUUGGCUGUAGUUACAGCUGGUUCUUGAUGAUGAUGAUGCACACAUGUGAUUCCAUCAUGGAGCCUUUGAUUUUUUUUAAAUGAGAAUAGCUAGUAUUAGGUUCUAGUAUUAAUUGUUAUAUUCAAGAAAAAGAAAGUCCUUUUCUCAGAUUUCCAUCAGUUUUUACAUUUCUUUUCUCCGUUUUGAGUAAAAAAAAAAUUAAUCUAGCAAAUCUGGCAUUAUACUCACUAAAAUCAAACACUAAUAGCCCAAACUGGUACUUGUUAUUUGUAGGAGGGCAAGCUUAUUCCUAAGCACAGUGUCAUUUUAUUGGUGCCCUCUAUCAUAUUUAACGUGGUACACAAGGGGUCAAACCAGUCAUACCAGUUAUGUUAGUGGAUGUGUUCUAACCCACAUGAAAUAUGGAAGGAACUGUUUGUCUCAUUUGCAUUUUAUGGGAACAUGCAGCUAGCUGUGUAAGACUGGUUACUGAAUGUUUAAAAAGAAUCAAAGAAAAGCAACUCAUGAGGUUCAGGAACCAUGUUUGGCAUGAAUUGUGAUAAAGACUGUGAUUUCUUCUUUUAUUUUCUAUUAGUAUGAUGCUGUAAUGAGUUUAAGAAUACAAAUUCUAUAGUGGAUGCCCUAUGCACGAGUAAAACAUUUACAUUUUAUAACUUGUACUUUGACUUGCAUCACCUUUUAAAUGCUGCAACGUGUGUUUGCAAAGCCUGACAUGGAAAUCUCAGUCGUCAAUGACAGUACAGAAGACAUUCUAGGGAAAAAAACAAAUCAACUGAGAAGUGCCUUCUCUACAUGUACUCAGGAUAUGGUCACACGCACAAAAAACAAUGUCAUGCAAAGGGGAGCAAACACACCACACAGUAGUCCA